GAGAGCUGUAACAGAUUUACAAAACAGUCUUUAGCAGAGGGGAUUUGAGUUUUCAACAAAGCGAUGCAUUGAACAGCGGCUGUCUGGACGGCAGAUGGAUGACGAGCGGGAGAGGUUACGCAGACAUUGUUCACACAGACACACACGAUCACACAAUUACAUUCAUGAAUCUCUGUGCAGCAGACCUUGUUUCUCUAUUUGACGAGAGGCCGAUGUCCCAGUGUGCAGCCUAUGAGGAGAUAGUUUUAUUGUGCCUGAUCUUUUUUCAUAUCCUCUAUGCAUCCAAAGUCCUGGAGAGGUGUCGACUCCAGAAGAGGCUCUCGUCGGGCCCCAGAGCUCCGGGCUCGGACGUGGAACUCAGUCCAGAGAGCGACACCGCCCUGCAGCCGCAGGGAGAGCCGGAGGAAGAGGAGGACACGGGCAGUCUGAGCCCUGAGGAAGAAGAGCCUGAUAAAGAACAAGAGCUGCAGGAACAGCUCGACGCCAUGAUGACGGUCCUGAGCACAUCCGAUGAGGUGGAGCAGCUGGUCCUGAGGAACACGGGCCUGACGGACGACCUCCUGCUGAGACUGGCCGGGGCCCUGAAGUCCAGCCUGUCAGAGGUCGGGCUGCUCAACCUCAACCUCAACCUCAUUGGCCCGUAUGGCGCUCACAUCCUGCUGGACGUCCUGCGAGUGAAGCCUCAGGUCAAAGGCCUCCACUUGUUUGGGAACAAACUGCGUGACCAUGGUGUGAUGACCCUUCUGAGUGGACUAGCGGAGCUGCAGGAGCAAACAGAGAGAACUGCUGCUGCCAUCCAACAGGCAAUGCUUCUCCCAUCGGAGCAAAAUAUGCUUCUGCAACUGCCCACCGGGUGGCGCUCCUUCAGGGUUUUCACACUUUUAGAACUGGACAUCGGGGGAAACGGCUUAGGCAGCGAGGGGGUAAAGCUGUUGGCCUCGUAUUUGAGGUACCACUCGUAUCUCCAGUAUCUGGGGCUGGCUCAGACCAGCGCCGCCGAUCUGGCCGCGUGGAAGGAACUUUUCGAGAGCCUGAAGGUGAACACCUCGCUGACUCAGAUCAUCCUGGACGAGAACAACUUGGGGGACCCGGGCGUCAGGCUGCUGGCCGACACGCUGAAGGAGAACACCAGUCUGCGGCAGGUGGACCUGGACAGGAACGGCAUCAGCGACGUCGGAGGAAAUGACCUCAUGGGGGCGCUGCUCUGCAGGGCGCGGCUCCCACUGAGGCACCUGAGCCUCCAGGAGAACCACAUCAGUGCAGGGCUGAUGAGCAGGAUCCAGGAGGAGGUGAAACACUAAUGACUUCUGCAGGAGGGAGGAAUUAACAUUAACACAUUGGAUCAUUUGUUUACAUUCAGAGGUCAAUAAGGGAAAGUGACUCACUGGACUGGUUUGACCUUCAAACAUCAAACACACACACACACACACACAAACACACACAAGGAUCUCUCCCUUCCUACAACUGGGUGGCCCGGCUCAGAAAUGCUGCAUCCUUAUUUAUCCCAGGCAGGUGGCGUAGGAGGUUUGCUCUGUGGUCUGGAUGCAUUUUCCAAGAGAUCACGAAGAAGUCUUCUCUGUGGCGGUGGAGGUUUUCAUCUUCACCUUGUCAUUUCUUUUUUUCUUCCUCCUCCUCCCACCAGCCUUACCCCUCAUGACUCCACACCUCUUACUUUGCUAAAACUGACACGAGCACGAGGCCGACUGAUCCCUCGAAUCGUUCUCUGCCGGCCGAACAAAAAAUAAACCGCAGUGAUUCAUUCCACCCACAGUAUUUACAGACUUGACUAAUCCACGGUUUUUACCCCCCCCCACCCCCCCACCCCUCCGGAUCAUUUCAGUAGCCAUCGCUAGAUCCCCUCUCUCCACUUCUACAAAUCAAAAGAGAGUUACGGACAGCUGAGCCAUUGCCACGUCAACUACCUUCAUAUUGUUGUUCCCCUCUCUCCAUGAGUGAGACAGUGCUUCUAUUCAGAAUCUGAGCACGAGGGGGGGGGGGAGAGAGAGACGGAAGCAAAACUAGGGCAAAUCCAGCUGAAUUUCGGGGGCCGUCAUCUCAUUGUUCUAUCAACACUGCCAUCCUGAGAAUAACUGCACCUGUGAUCAAAGCUUGUCAAAGUGGUAAUUAUCUCCUCCUCACCCGGCUGCCAGUCUUGAUUAUGCUGAACCCAAUCCUUCUAUAUUCCAUCUGCAGCCUUUGCAAAUUCCUCUCCGCGGAACCUCGAUAACGACGCUCUCCCCCAAGCCCCCCCGGAGGAUGACUGAGAAAUGAGACUGGCACACCUGAAGAUUACAUCUGCACAUCCCCGCCCCGACUGACAUUGUGUUUGUGGUGUAUAUUUAGAACUCUGUACAGCAAAGAACAGACAUCAAGUGUAUGGAGUCAAGUUUUGUGAUGUAAUUUCUCUGCAUCUAAAGCCUUGCAGAUAAGACAAGUGCGAUUGUGUUAUCAGCACUAAAAAACACACUCACAGUUCUGCUUCUUUUCGACUGUUAAUCUCCCAAGAUCUCAACAGCAGGACUUGUAGUAGAUCGGACACAGAACUAAGUGGUGCACCACCAUGCCCGGCUGAGCAUAAGCCUGCAAACAAGAGCCGCACUGUAAUUUGCCAACUCCUUCGAUAAGGUCUUUGUGCUUCUCUGUUACAUGUAGAGCUCGGAUCAGCGACCCCCAUUGUCCGUCUGCUGAGGUUAUCUGUGUUUGGCCCGAAAAACAAAUCCUGCAGUGUUACAAACUUCUUCGUCUUAAAUCUUACAAAAUCUGAAUGUUAGGAGUUUAAAGGUUUAGUCUAGAAAACUGUUGCUCCUGAAGCAGUGGCCCAGGGCUGCAGCAGCCACCGUUGUACAGCCCAGAUCAUCAGGGUAAACACUAUUGGUCAGAACAGCAGCUUGCAUGCAUCUCAUACUCUGACAUACAGAGGUUAGGUUUCAGACCACGGAUUCUGUGGGACGAGAAAAUUAAAAAGUGAAAAGUUCAGUUUGUUGAGCACGACAAAUCCUGUGAACAACGGUUGCUCACGCUCACGAGGAGUUCUCUAAAGGUUAUAAUUCUACUCCACAAAGGAAGUUCUGCUGCCAUGUUGCAAUCAAAACAGAAAGGGGAUUCUGGCUGUAAAACUACUACAGUAACGUGGCUGUUGUUGGAGGAGGUAAAGACAGAAACUUGGACGGGUUCUUACUAAAUGGAGAGAACGACUGUUUGGCAGUUCAGUCCCAAAUUUAGCCGAGACUCAACCCUGGACCUGGUCAGUGAAGUGGAGCCAGGUCCUGCUCUCAUGCCUAAACGACAGGCAUUACAGAGAGGACCUGUACGGAGACUGACAGCAGGAGUGAGUUGACAGACGUAUGAGAAUCAAGGAUGCCAAAAGGGGCGUCGCCACAUCUCUCUGUGACGCAAACAGCAACCACCUAUGAGCUUCUCCACUUUCCAGACAUGUCAACCAGCGAAAUGGACGAUCGCCACGGUCAGACGAAAAGGGAAAGGACGGAGCAGAGAGGGAGAGAAGAACAAAGAGAAAGGCCAUUGCCACAGAUGCUGCAAAAUAAGUAUGUUAGCAUAGAGGUCAAGGGUUGGCUGAAGAAACCUGUGUUCCUGAGGUUUGCGUGGGAUGGAGACUGAAUUGUGUUUUCAGUCCAUGUGGGUUGGAGUGUGUGUUUGUGCACAACGGACCAGUUUCCAACCUACAUUUAGAAACUCAGGUGGUGUGUUUACGGACGUCGGGGGGGCGGUGAACCUCCGCCAAAAGAGCUGCGUCUAUUCUGAGUGCAGGCACACGCACCAAUUUGUUUUGUUUACUUUAUUUGAAACCAGUUUCACUCAUGCAACCUAACCACUUGAUGGUCAUUAGUAUUUAAUUCAAAAAUAACAAAUACUCGUUGUAAGUCCUGAAACCAAGUUCUGCCCAGUUAGAUUCCCUGUUUUCCAGUAUGAUGGUGAAAUACAGUGCCCACAGAGAACCAUGAUGUGUUCUUGAUAAACAGCAGCUUGAAGACCUGGGUCCGAAUCUUGCAGAGGAGUGCGAGGAAGGGAGCAGGAAGUUGACGUUGGCUGAGGAUGAGAGCGAAGGUUUCUGAGAUGUGAGACUCUCAAAGCAAGUCUCCUUUAUCGUCAUGAACAGGACGGACAUUUAUAGACCAGAUAAGAUCUUGUGAUGAUGCAUUGCAAAGCUACACUAACAUAAAAGCUGAUCUUGACAGCAACUAGAGGAAUGUGGACAUAUGUACAUUUUCUAUGCCUAAAUCAAAUGUGUAUUUCUAGGAAUUUAAUUUGAUAUAGUCGUUUAGAUCAAACAUAUCUGUCUUAUGUGCUUUAAUCUUGAAAUGCGAUGCCAAUACCAAUAUUGUUUAAUUGAAAGUAAUCAGUAUUUCCACCUGGGGGGUAAAGUACCCAAAAAAUAACUGAUGAUGAAUCUAAGAAAUCACAAAAUUAUUAACGGGAGACGAGAAAUAAGUCAUCUCUUUAUUUUCUUGAGAAAAAUAUGAUUUGUGUGUUUUUUUUUUCCCUUCCGGGCUUUUAAAAUGAUUUUUUUUAAAAAAAGCACCCUGAGUAUAACAUCCCUCAUAGUUUAUUUUAUUCUGUAUUAAACCAAUGAAAAUGCUGCUACACAGACGUUUUGUUCAGUUUGAAGUGCACACAGCAAAAGUCCAAAUACAUAAUGAGACACACAAAUGUAGAUCAGCUGCCCUCCUUCAAAAUAUUCCGAUUAUAACCAGACGUGUGUUUGGUGGACUCUCCGCUGCCACGUUCACUUCAGUAUGUCACACAGCAUUUCCAUCACUGUGAGAGAAAAGUUUUUAAGCAUCCGCUCCUUGAACAAUGGCUCCUGCUGCUGUUUGACAUUUGGCAGAAAGAGCAGCUUUUCGAUAUGGAUUAUUCAUCAGCGGUUUGAUCCUCCACUCAAAUGUCACCACAACAAUGCCUCCAACUUGGCACCGGCGUCUUUCUGCAGCUCGGCGGGAUACAGAAUUGGCAAUAAUUACCACAUCUAAUGCCGCCUUCAGAAAGAUUAAGACUUCAUGCUGAAGCACUUCUGCUUUUCAAAUUGUUGUUAUUGCCGUUUUAUUGAGGGGGAAGGAGAGAAUUGAAUUGAGCCUCACCGCUCACCGCAGCACUCCAUUAUUCUGCCCUUUUCUAAAUGAGAUGUAAAAUGUGUAAAGCAGGUAACGUAUGAAUGACUGCAGAGUCACGAGGCGUCACAGGUGACUGAUGGAGGCAACAGACCUGUGGUCACAAGGAAAAAACAAAUGAGUUAACUUAACAUCCAGCCUGAUCCCCUUUGUUUGUUUUUGAUGUCUUGGGUUAUAACUGUAGAUGUGUUAAUGAUAUAAUCUUAAAAAGUUGCUUGGUGACUAAAUUAAAAACGUCCCUACUUUCACUCAUUAAGAAUUGUGUUAAGAUGGAUCUAAAUUAAAUAUUAAGUCUCUUUUUGACUUUGUCUCGGUCUCCGACGCCUUUUGAGGGAAAUAUCUGACUUUUGAAGUUUCCACUAUGUGAGAA